AUGAAUCAAAGUUUCACGCAAGGCUACUAAAAAUCCUCUGCAAGAGAACGAUCACCUGUGCCAACUAUUGAACAAGCUCUAAACGAUAAAUUAAAGGCGAUUAACGAUUUACAGUCAAAAGAGCAAGAAUUUGCUACUAAAGUAGCUCUAUAUGAGUAGAAAAUUCAUCUUUUGGAGAUGCAAUUGAGAGAGGCUGAUGAAAGAGAGUAAAAUCAGAAAAAGCUCUAUGAUAAAAUGUUCCAAGCUAUAGAGGAUUCAAAUGGAACUCCGAAUUCUCAUAGACGUGGCGGCAAUUCUUCAAGAGAUGGUUUUAAUUCAUCUAUUGGAGGCAGAGAGGUAGAUUAUCUACAUAAAUAAGUGCAAGAGCAACUCUAAGAAAAAAUUGGUGAUCUAGAGUAUUAGCUCGGACUUAAAAUAUAGGAGGUCAGUUAAUUAAUGCAAAAUGAGAGUGAACUGAAAAUAAAGAAUCAAAAAGAUAUAGAUGUGCAUGUCGAAUACAAAAAAGAAAAAGAGCAAUAUAUUGGAAAAUUAGAGAGGCAAUUAAGCGAUAGAGAAUAUGAUAUCAAUUAGUUUAAUAUGCGCACGAAGAAUUUUGAAGAUGAAAUAAAACACUUAAACUAAAAAAUCGAUGACUAAGAGUUCUCAUACUCUCGGGAGUAUGAUAAGAAAUUUGAGGAGUUGAAGAAAAUGUAUACUGAUUAGAUUGAAAAGCAAAAAAAAAUUUAUAUGAGUCAAUCUAACGAUUAAGAUGUAAUUGAAUAGUUAAGAGAUGAGUUGAGGAAACUUGCUCAUGAAAAAAUUCUUUAGGAGGAAUCUAUUUAGAGAUUAGAAACAUAAAUAUCAAGAGUUAAAGAAAAGAAUAAGGACUUGAAAUAAAAGAGAAUUGAUUUGGAGUAAUCUGAGAAAAGAAUGGCUUAAUUUUUAGCUGAAAGAGACAGAGAGCUGGAGAGAGAAAAAGGUUAGGCAAAACUGAGAAUUCAAAAAUUAGAAAACAAACUCCAAAAGAAGAAGGAUAAGAUAAGAGGCAUGAUAUUCGAUUUCCAAGAAAAAGACUAAGAAAUUGAAAGAAUGAAGGAUGAGUUACAAAAUUUGAGGGAGAAAAUAAGGUCACUGAACAAGAAAAUAAAAGAUGAAAGGAAAACUAAGUUGUAGCUUGAAAUACAAUCACAAAUUCUUUAAUAACAGAAGAGCAGAACUGCCUUGAAUUAAGAAUGCGACUUUGAAGAUUGCAUUGAUGAGGAGUGUGUUGAUCCUUGCAAAAAUGUAUAAAAUGACUAAAAUAGAACUUUCAAUGGAUGUAUAAGUGGGAGAAGAAAAAGCAUUGAAAAAAGUAGACUUUCAUUGAAAUUAUCUGGAAGUCCACUUACUAGUGAUCUUAGAAGAUCCUUAAAAGAUGUUGCCUAUCUCACUCCAAAUAAGAGUAGUAGAAGCUUUAUCAAUCAAAACUAACAAUCAAUUCAAAUUGACACUAAACUAUUUAGAAUGAUUGAAAAUUGUGUAAAAAUGGAAUGCUCAGGCUGUAGAAAGCUAAUCCCAACGCAUCAGUUUUAUGAGCAUAUCAGUAAAAAUAAUGCACAAUGUCAUAAUCAAGGAAACAUGAGUACUAAUAGAAGUUAAAUUCUCACAGGAUUGUUUAAUACAAAAAAUUUGGAUGGAUAGGGUAAUAUGAGAUAUAAUAAUAGUCUGUGCGGUAUUAACACAACUUCAAAUAGCAUGAUUCUAGGACCUUAGAAUUUGAGUCAAAGUUACCUGAUACCUAAUCACAUUAAUCAAACCUAGUUCCUAGGUAAUUUUAGCGAUGAGGAAAAUAUGAAGUAAUCUUACCCUUCUUUUCUGAAUGAAAAAAUGAUGAACUAACCUCUUGGUGAUAUUUCUAAUGAAAUUAACACUGAAAGAACAGCAAAUAAGGUUGUAUUCUUAGAAGAAAAGCUAAGAAAAGCAGAUGAGCUGUUAAGAGAAUCUGCAAUUGAAAUAAAAAGUUUAAGAGAAGAUAAAGAUAAGAUUAGAUUAGAUCUAGAUAGAACAAAAUUACUUCUAGAAUAAACUUAAACAUAAUUAGCGUUAGUAGAAGAAAAGAAAGCUGAAAAUGAACUUGAAAUGAAAAAAGAAAUUAAGUAUUUACUAGAAUCAUGGUUGCAACAGAAAAAUCAGAACUUGACUUAGAAUCUAAAUUAAACUACUAAUGGAUAGGGAAAACAAAAUUAAUUUACUUAGAACUAAUCAAAUAUUCUCAAGAAAUACAUGCUAAAUCAAGGAAGUCAUAAUCAUAGCAAUUUUAGUGGCCCAGAGGGAUUCGAUAGUAUGUACGAAAAUGAUGAGGGAGAAGUGAUGAUAUUCCCAGAUAUGGAAAACACUGAUGAUCCCAACUGUUCAAAUGUAGUGCAUAGAGGUAAAAGAAAGCAUACUACAAAUAAUAACUCAGUUAUAACCAAUUUCAAUCCACUUAUUGCCUUAGACACUUGUGAUAAUUAACUUUAUGAUGGAAGUUAAUUCAACUCACAUCAAAUAAAUUCAAGUUCCCAACUUCCAUCAUAGAUUGGAACUUAGAGAUAAAAAUAACUCAAUAUGAAAUAAUCUUAAGAAUAGCUUAUAAUUCUUUAGUAGUUGCAGCCCAAUCAAUAAACUUAGCUUACCUCUUCAUAGAAUAGCCAUCUUACGUCUGUUUCUAGUGGAAGUUUAGAGGAAAAUGUAAUAUAUCAUCAAGCAAGAGCAAAUAAUCAGCAGAAUUUCGAUUCAAGUUAGAACAUUCACUCAAGAAUGAAUGGAGUGUAAUAAUAUGGUUAGGGUCAUUUCUAUCAAACUUAUUUGAGUGGAUAACCAUAAAAUUUAAACUAUGUUGAGUAGUCUUAAAAAGCACUAACUAGUAGACCAUUCGAAACAGCUCUAAUAGCUAUGAGUGAGUCAACUACACCAACCUCAAUAUAAAAUAAACUCAAAUCGCAUCAGUUGCAAUAAUAGCAAUACCUGUCAACUCAAAAUAGCUUACAAAUGAAUCAGUAUAAUUUACCCCAAAAUACCUAAAACUAGAUAUCUUCUCAUUUGAUUCAUAAAAGUCAAUCUCAUACCAGCAGCUAGCUAAAUAUAAAUUAAGGAAACAAGAUUUAAUACUAUCAUCAAUUGUAGUAAUAGUAAUUACAACAACAAUAAUAAUAGGUACAAUCAUAAUUGUAAAACAGACAAAAGUUUUAAAGAUAAUGA